GGCACGGCCGCAGUGCACUGUGGGUGUUCGAGCCGGCGUCGUGAACGUGGUGUUCGGGGGUUUUGAGCAGCGAACAGCACCUGGAAAUGGCGAUGCACGUCCCCAAAGCGCCGGGCCUGGCCCAGAUGCUAAAAGACGGAGCGAAGCAUUUUUCAGGCAUGGAGGAGGCAGUUUUCAGAAAUAUUCAAGCUUGCAAGGAACUGGCUCAGACUACCCGUACGGCUUACGGUCCAAAUGGAAUGAAUAAAAUGGUCAUCAAUCAUGUGGAGAAACUUUUUGUUACCAGUGAUGCUGCUACCAUACUACGAGAAUUGGAGGUUCAGCAUCCUGCUGCAAAAAUGUUGGUAAUGGCUUCCCACAUGCAGGAACAAGAGGUUGGAGAUGGAACAAAUUUUGUGCUAGUUUUUUCUGGUGCUCUCCUGGAACUAGCUGAGGAACUUCUGCGAAUGGGUCUUUCAGUUUCAGAGGUAAUAGAAGGAUAUGAGGCAGCCUCUAGAAAGGCUCUAGAGAUUCUUCCAGACCUAGUCUGUUCCUCUGUGAAGAACUUGCGUGACAUAGAAGAUGUGUUGCCUGUCAUUCGAACAGCAGUAAUGAGCAAACAAUAUGGCCAUGCUGAUUUCCUAAGCAAGCUAAUUACACAAGCAUGUGUUUCUAUCUUUUCAGAGUCUGGGCAUUUCAAUGUGGACAAUAUUAGAGUUUGCAAAAUUUUGGGAUCUGGCAUGCUGAAUUCAUCAGUGCUUCAUGGAAUGGUUUUCAAAAGAGAAACCGAGGGAGAUGUUACCUCUGUCAAAGAUGCCAAAAUAUCAGUAUAUUCUUGUCCUUUUGACUGCAUGGUGACAGAAACAAAGGGUACGGUUUUGUUAAAGAAUGCAGAUGAAUUAAUGACGUUCAGCAAAGGGGAAGAGGAUCUCAUGGAGGUUCAAGUAAAAGCUAUAGCAGAUGCUGGUGCCAAUCUAAUCGUAACUGGAGGGAAAGUAGCAGACAUGGCUCUACAUUAUGCUAACAAGUAUCAGCUGAUGGUGGUCAGGUUAAACUCUAAAUGGGAUCUAAGAAGACUAUGCAGAACAGUAGGAGCUACAGCCCUUCCAAGAUUGACGCCACCAACUCCAGAAGAAAUGGGAUACUGUGACAGUGUUUACUUAUCAGAAGUUGGUGACACACAGGUGGUGAUAUUUAAGCACGAUCAAGAUGAUGGUUCAAUUUCUACAGUUGUAAUUCGUGGUUCUACAGAUAACAUAAUGGACGACGUUGAGAGGGCGGUGGAUGAUGGCGUCAACACGUUUAAAGUUCUUACAAAGGAUAAACGCUGUGUACCAGGUGCAGGAGCAACUGAGAUUGAAUUGGUUAAGCGGAUCACAACCUACGGAGAGUCGUGUCCUGGUCUUGAGCAAUAUGGCAUUAAGAAGUUUGCAGAAGCUUUUGAAAGUGUUCCACGAGCUUUGGCUGAGAACUCUGGUGUUCGGGCUAAUGAAAUAAUUUCAAAGUUGUAUGCAGUACAUCAGGAAGGAAACAAAAACAUUGGUUUUGAUAUUGAGGGUGAAGGAUCAAGGCUGAAGGACAUGCUUGAGGCUGGAAUAGUAGACCCAUACUUGGUUAAAUACUGGGGAAUUAAGCUUGCUACAAAUGCUGCUGUAACUGUUCUGAGAGUGGAUCAAAUAAUAAUGGCAAAACAGGCAGGUGGACCCAAACCACCAGCACAAAAGAAAGACUGGGAUGAUGACCAAGAUGAAUGAACAGUUCUAAGAAUUUAUACUACUUAUGUACUGAGUAAAAACCCUACUAAAUACAAAUUGGAUCUGAUGACUUUAUUUAUGCAGCUUGUUUAGUUCUGACAAAACUAUGGCACUGUGCUUAAGGGUUUGAAAGUACUUGUAUUGAUCAGUCUAAUAAAUACAUUUGGCUCCCAAAA